AUGUCUUCUUCAGCCGUCUCGCAACCAAAUGGCUCCCCGGCGUUACGACCCCGUACUCUCCUAGCGAGCAAGACCCCCGAAGAUGCCACCAACCUACAAACUCUGGAAAAGGUCGGCAUGGACUCGAGUGGUCGCUCGACUCCUAUCUCCGAAGAUGCCCCCCCUUCUCAGCAUUCGCUGUCGACUGCGCGAAAACAAGCCCGCGCUCGCAAUCGCCUUUUCUACUCCAUCGAAUAUGUUCCCCGAGUAUCUCACUUUGACCCGCAAAGCGAUUAUCACAACUUCCGCGGGUUCUUCACCCUCUUUUGGAUCGCGUUGUUCAUCAUGGUGGUGACUACGGGACUUCGGAAUAUCAAGGACACGGGAUAUCCGCUGAGAGUGAGGGUGUGGAGUAUAUUAUCGGCGAACAUCUGGUCCAUGGGGUUUAGCGACCUUGCCAUGGUGGUCACAAGUAUGUUGGUGCUGCCUCUUCAUCGGCUGUUCCGGGCCAGUAGCGGCUGGCUGCGCUGGUCGAAAGGUGGCAUCGUGGUGCAGAGUAUCUUCGAGAUGGCCUGGCUUUCCCUCUGGAUCAACUGGCCGUUCAUGAUGCAAUGGACCUGGACGGCGCAGGUCUUCUUCACCCUCCACACCUUGACAUUCCUCAUGAAGAUUCACUCGUACGGUUUCUACAAUGGACAUCUCAGCGAAACGGAGCGCCGGCUUUCGUCGCUCGACCAGCCAGGAUCGGUCUCGAUGGAUGCCGCCGUUCGCUAUCCGGAACCAACGACCCGUCGACCCAUCACCCGCCGACCAAGCAACCACUCGCGAUCUCAGUCCAUCGUAGAGCUGCGCGAGGAUCUCGCUACCGAGCUGACCUCGCCUCUCGGCCGCGUCACCUACCCUCAGAACCUCACUCUCCCGAAUUAUAUAGACUAUAUGUUCUGUCCCACUCUUUGCUACGAGCUGGAAUACCCGCGGAGCAAGCAGCGGCGAUGGACCGAGAUUGGAUUCAAGACGCUCGCUGUUUUUGGAUGCAUCUUCUUGCUGACGCUCGUCAGCGAGGAAUUUAUUCUUCCGGUGCUGAGCGAGGCCAAUGUCCAGCUGCACGCCGUGAGCAAUGUCACGGAGCAGGCAUUGAUCCUCGCCGAGUCCAUCAGCAUGCUGCUAUUCCCCUUCAUGAUCACCUUCCUGCUAGUCUUCUUGGUCAUCUUCGAGUACCUGCUGGGCGCAUUUGCGGAGAUCACUUGUUUCGCCGAUCGUCACUUCUACUCCGAUUGGUGGAACUCCUGUGACUGGCUUGAAUUCUCUCGCGAGUGGAAUGUCCCCGUCCACCACUUUCUCCGUCGACAUGUCUACUUCAGCUCUCUCUCGCGCUUCUCCAAGCCCGUCGCCAUGUUCAUCACCUUCCUGGUGAGCUCCGUUGCUCACGAACUGGUCAUGAGCUGCAUCACCAAGAAGCUCCGUGGCUACGGAUUCAUCGCCAUGAUGCUCCAGCUUCCCAUCGUAGCCGUGCAGAAGUCCAAAUUCUUCCGAGGAAAGACCACUCUUAACGUAUGA